AUUUUGGAAAUUGCAGACAUUUUCGCAGCCGUAAUUUAUCGGUUUUAGCUUUUCAGGGCACCAAACAGGACCAAGACUUGAGGGAUUCAAGCUCCACAAGAAAGAGAAGGAAAGAGGAUUCGGAAUCAGAACAAAUGACUAUCAAACCUGCAGUUCGGGUUUCCGAUGGGAAACUCAUUGUGAAGGACCGUACGAUCCUGACCGGCGUACCGGAUAAUGUGGUUGAGACGUCGGCGUCGUCGUCGGGGCCGGUGGAGGGAGUAUUUGUAGGUGCGGCUUUCGAUAAAGACGACAGCCACCAUGUCGUUUCACUGGGAACUCUCAGGGACGUCCGCUUUCUUGCGUGUUUCCGGUUCAAGCUAUGGUGGAUGGCCCAGAAGAUGGGCGAUAAAGGAAGGGAUAUUCCUCUUGAGACUCAGUUCCUAUUGGUGGAAACCAAAGACGGGUCCCAUCUCGAAUCGGACGACGGAAACGAGGACAACCAGAUCGUCUACACCGUCUUCCUCCCUCUGAUCGAAGGCUCAUUCAGAGCGUGUUUACAAGGCAACGCAGAUGAUCAGCUAGAGCUCUGUUUGGAAAGCGGCGACAGCGACACUAAAACGUCGUCGUUCACCCACUCCCUCUUCAUCAGUGCUGGAACUGACCCGUUCGGAACAAUCCACGACGCCUUUAAAGCAGUCAAGAACCAUCUGAACACUUUCCGCCUCCGGAACGAGAAGAAGCUCCCUGGAAUCGUCGACUACUUCGGUUGGUGUACGUGGGACGCGUUUUACCAUGAAGUAACCCAAGAAGGCGUAGAGUCCGGCCUCGCGACUCUUGCUGCCGGCGGCACCCCUCCGAAGUUCGUGAUCAUCGACGACGGGUGGCAAUCCGUCGGCGGCGAUCCGCAAGACGAGAACAGUUCAUUGAAGAGAUUAACAGGAAUCAAAGAGAACCCCAAAUUUCAGAACAAGGAAGAUCCAACAUUGGGAAUAAAGAACAUAGUGAACAUUGCCAAACAGAAACAUGGAUUACAAUACGUGUAUGUAUGGCACGCAAUUACAGGAUACUGGGGAGGCGUACGACCAGGAGUGAAGGAGAUGGAGGAAUACGGAUCGGAGAUGAGAUACCCAAAGUUGUCGAAGGGGGUGGUGGAGAAUGAACCGACGUGGACAACGGAUGCGUUGGCGGUAAAGGGCCUGGGUCUGGUGAACCCGAAGAAGGUGUACAAAUUCUACGAUGAGCUUCACAGUUAUCUGGCGCAUGCGGGUGUAGACGGUGUUAAGGUGGACGUUCAAUGUAUCUUGGAGACACUGGGUGGUGGGCUAGGUGGAAGAGUCGAGCUCACAAGGCAAUACCAUCAAGCCCUUGAUGCUUCCAUUGCCAGGAACUUUCCAGAUAAUGGUUGCAUCGCCUGCAUGAGCCACAAUACUGACGCGCUCUACUGCUCAAAGCAAACGGCGGUGGUGAGAGCGUCGGACGAUUUCUACCCGCGUGAUCCGGUUUCGCACACGAUCCACAUCGCCGCCGUGGCAUACAACAGCGUUUUCCUCGGAGAGAUAAUGCAGCCGGACUGGGACAUGUUUCACUCUCUUCAUCCUGCUGCCGAGUACCACGCCUCCGCCAGAGCCAUCAGCGGUGGCCCUAUCUACGUCAGUGAUGCGCCGGGGAAGCACGACUUCCAGCUCCUGAGGAAGCUCGUCUUGCCGGACGGGUCAGUACUCCGAGCGCGUUUGCCCGGUAGACCCACCAAAGAUUGCUUGUUCAGAGACCCGACUCGGGAUGGCGUGAGCUUGUUGAAGAUAUGGAAUAUGAACAAGUACACAGGAGUUAUUGGCGUCUACAAUUGCCAAGGAGCGGCGUGGAGUAGCUUAGAGAGGAAGAACGCUUUUCACGAAACCACAUCAGAAGCCAUAACAGGGUACGUGAGAGGCCGUGAUGUCCACCACAUUUCGGAGGCGGCUGCCAGCGUUGACGGUGAGUGGAACGGCGAUUGUGCCGUGUACUGUCACCGGACCGGCGAGCUUGUGAUUCUCCCAUACAACGUGGCGAUGCCGGUGUCCCUUAGAGUGCUGGAGCAUGAUGUUUUUACGGUGACCCCCGUGAAGGUUCUGGGUUCUGGAGUGAGUUUUGCUCCGGUGGGACUCAUCGAGAUGUACAAUGCAGGCGGCGCCAUUGAAAGGCUUGUGUACGAGGCAAAAGGUGGAAGGGAUGAAAUUAGGAGUGACGGAUUGGAGGCUUUGGUGCGUAUGGAAGUAAAGGGAUGUGGGAAGUUUGGUGCUUAUUCAUCGGCCAAACCAAGAAGGUGCUUGGUGGGUUCUAAGGUGGUGGAUUUUGAUUAUAACUCAGAUUCUGGGCUAACGAUUCUCAAUUUAGAUCAUAUGCCAGAGGAGGACAGAAAGUUCACAUUGUUGAGGUUGAGCUAUGAGAUCUCGAAUGUUAUUAGUUAUAAGGCAGGUUGGGGAGAAUUGGUGGUGUCAGGGAGAUUUGCUUCUCAUCACCUUCCUCUGAAUGUUCUGUUACAUUACAGAAUGCAGUGCUUUGGAACGAUAAGAGGGGUUCAAUAAAUGAGUUGUAACCAUUGCAUAACAUGUAUGCAAUGCGCAUUUGCAAAUACCACGUAACCCGAUCUAGAGCAGCAGUUUGCCUC